GCCAUCACAUAGAAAUAGGCCUCACCCCUCUCUCUCAAAGGUUAGGGUUUGAGGACCGGAUUCUUCUUCUAUCGCUCGCCAGUCCUCCAAGAUUAAAGCUUCUUAAGCACCUGGAUAUCUAGGGAAAAUUCGCGAUUGCAAUGUCUUCAAGUAACUCACACAAGAGGCGAAUCCAAUCUCUCGACCUGCAAGAUAAUCAACAUGCAAACCCUAAAUGGAAGGAUGCUGUCUGCUCCAUCUGUUUGGAGUUCCCACACAAUUGUGUCCUACUCAAUUGUUCCUCAUACGAAAAAGGUUGCCGACCCUUCAUAUGUGAUACUAACCAUAAUCACUCAAAUUGUCUCGACCGGUUCAAAGCUGCAUACAAAUUACCUAUCACCAGCACAAAGGCCUCUUUGUCUUCUAACCCUGCUGGGUGUCCAACCUGCCCUCUGUGCCGAGGAGCUGUGACAGGGUGGGUCGUAAUUGAUGAAGCCCGGCUCUAUUUCAACUCAAUGAAGAGAUCUUGUGAAGAGAUAGAAUGUUCAUAUAUUGGCAACUACGCUGAACUUCAAUCACAUGCUAAACAAAAUCACCCCAAUGCACGCCCAUCUGAAGUUGAUCCUGCUAGGAGACUCGAUUGGGAAAAUUUCCAGCAAUCUUCUGAAAUCAUCGAUGUAUUGAGCACUAUACACUCUGAAGUGCCAAACAGUCUGGUGUUUGGAGAUUAUGUUAUUGAGUAUGGUGAUGAGUCUGCAGAUGAGUAUGAGGAUUUUCCAGGUGAUGAAGGCAAUUGGUGGACCUCUUGCAUUUUGUAUCAGGUGUUUGAUAACUUUAGGGCUUCGAGGAGUAGGCGGAGAUCCAGGGCAGUGGAUUUCAGGAGAGGUCAGCAGAGAUCAGCGUAUGAUGCUUCAAAUGUGGAUGAUGGUUCUAUUUCACCUCCAGAUUUUGGAGAACAUAGAUUUAGGGACAGUGACGAUGAUUUUGUUACUACAAGAGUAAGUGGUGACAGGGGCAGCAGCAGCAGUAGCUCUGGUCAUCGCAGCUACAGGAGGCGCAGGUCUCGGCCCCACGACCCCUAGCCCUCAGUUCAAUUUGUAACGUCUGUCAUGAUCCAGUUCAGAAGCGGGGGGCUUUCCGAUCAGUAUCUAUGUUUAUUCUGUUGUAAUUUGAUCAGGGGAAAACUAUUCUUUUAUGAACCUUUUUUUUUUUGUAUAUAUGAAUGAAGCACUGAAAACGGUUAUUGCUUCUUUUU